AUGAGUAGUUUGACGCACUGCUGUUAUCUCAUUGGUUGUUUCAUAUAUAUUUCAUUUUCUUUUCAUCAUUCACUCCAUUUGUUUUCAUUUUUUUCCUCUUUCAUAUCUUUUUCUUUUACUUCGCCAUAUAUAUUUCCUUCUUUUUCUUCUAUGGAGAAGAAUAUGUUUUCCUUCUUUAUGUUUUCCCGAUUUUCAUCUUUCAUAUCUUUUCCCUCUUUUUUCUUAUUUAUCUUCUUCUUUUUCAUGAUCGAUUUUCUUUCUUUUAUAUGUCUUUUUUUCUUUUUUUUUCUUAAAAAUUUUUUCUUUCUUUGGGCUAAAAAAUGUCCGUUCUUUCUUUAUUCUCUGAGAGCUUUUCAUAUUUCUUUUUCUUUGAAGCGAUUUCAUAACAUCCGAUUGAAAAUUUCGUCUUUCUUUUUUUUGAAUUUUUCAAUUUCUUUUUUUUUUUUUACUCACUUUUCCAUUCUCUUCUCCUCUUCUCUCCUCUUUCUCUUUAUUUUCCACACGUUAUCUUCUCGUCACCCUUUUCUCUUCUUAUUCCUUUUUUUCUCUGUUCCUAAAUUAUACGCCCUUCCUUUUCCUGCAACAUUUUCUUUUUUUUUCUCCUUCACUCAUCUUUUGUCAGCCAUACGCGCAGAAAUACACCGAAACUCUCUCUCUCUCUCUCUCUCUCCCCCCCACACACACACACCCGGCACCACUGAGGGUGAACAAGUGCCAGCCUCCUGCUUUCUUCAUUUACGCUAUUCUGAGUUGCAACUUCAAAUUUUCUCCUUCUCUCUUCUCUCCCUACGCCUUCCUUUUUCUUUUAUGAUUAUUCAGACACUGUCAUCUUUGUUUCUUUUUCUUCACCUUUUCUUUCGAUUUGUAUUAAAGCCUUUUAUUUAUUCUCUUAAAGACACUGGUUUCUCUAUUCUUUCUUUCUUUCUUUCUUUAAUCUAUUCUGUCUUUCUUUUUGUCUUUCUUUUAUUUUUUACCUUUUCUUUCUUUUUUUGUUCUUUCUUUCUUUUUCUUUUCUCUCUCUUUCUCAUAUUUUCCGUCUUAUUCCUUUCUUUUCUUCUCUUUUUUUUGAUCACGUUUUUUUCCUUCUCUCACUCUCUCUCUCUUUUGCUUACCUUGCAAGCACCCGGCUGCCAUCACCCCCUUCUCUCUUCCGUCACGUCUUCUUCUCUGGCACCCCAAGUCUUUCCCAUCCCGUCCUUAUCGCCUCCCACUUCACACUUUCUUUCUCCCACCCUGCCUAUCAACCUCCACCCGCUUUUUGUUUCUUGUUAG